GCAUGUACGCAUCACAGUGCACGUCAGAACGCUCCACAUUGUCAGCCACGAUAGCUUGGUAGUAAUAGCCUUGAUAUUUUCAGUGUGCAGGAGGACACGGUAUAAGGAUGGCUCGAGUUUUUGUGGCCCUGCUGGCACUCGCGCUCGCUGCUGCGGUGACCCAGGGAGCCCUCCAACAUCUCUACGCAGAUAAUCCAGUGCUCCCAGGGAUGUGUGUAGACAGGGAAUCACUUGUUUUCUCUGAGGGAUCCACCUGGUAUUUGAAAGGUUGUAUACGGGCAUCGUGCAGAAGUUACGAAGGCAGAAUGGUUAUCACGUAUGCCUCCUGCUCUCCCAUCGGUAUCGCACCAAACUGUAAACUGGUAACAGACGAAUCAUUGGUUUACCCUGGUUGCUGCCCUAGACCUAAAUGCUCCUAAGAGAUUCUGAGCUGUACCCCAAUUUAUACCAACUUUAGAGAAGCUUCAGUUAUAUAUAUAUAUAUAUAUAUAUAUAUAUAUAUAUAUAUAUAUAUACAUAUACAUUCUUUUUUCAUUCUUUUUAUAAGCCAGAUGAUGACGUUGAACAGUUGUAUUUCUUAGAAAGCAUUAUAUGUUUUAAUUCCCUGUAUAAUGACAAUUAAGCAGUAUAUUAUGAAUGUAGGCAACACCUUCCUAUGUAAUGCAUUUUUUAGAUUGGAGAAAGAAGUGGGAAAUCAAUAAUAAGAUAAUAAUAA